CCUGCGCCCGCCGUUCCGUGGCGGGAAAGCGGGGCCUGUACUGACGGGGGAGAGUCUUAAGUGUCCUCGGUCGGCAACUCGGGGCCUGAUAUUCUCAGCUUGAGGGACCGACCUGAAACUUCAAGACCACCUCGCCCUUCCCCUGUCCCGGAAACCCCAGGAACGAGCCGGCGGCGUCUUCGUUCCGGAGACGAGUGACUGAAAGGCCCAGGCAGUGCCCCGGGAACACGCACCGGGAGCCGGGGAGAACAGUCACUGCUCUAGGCACUGGGAAUACAGCAGUGACAGUAAUUGCCGCUAAUGCUGGGAAUUUUCAGACAAGCUCUCCCCUAAAACAGCCUUUUGCUGCCUGGAAGAAUGUUCGCCUGAAUGUUAGUCCUUAUCUUCUGGGGUGAAGUAACCAUGCAGGCAUUUCUAAAAGGCACAUGUAUCAGCACUAAACCACCAUUGACCAAGGAUCGAGGAGUAGCUGCCACUGCCAGAAGUAGUGGAGAGAACAAGAAAGCCAAACCUGUUCCAUGGGUGGAAAAAUAUCGCCCGAAAUGUGUGGAUGAAGUUGCUUUCCAGGAAGAAGUGGUUGCAGUGCUGAAAAAGUCUUUAGAAGGAGCUGAUCUCCCUAAUCUCUUGUUUUAUGGGCCUCCUGGAACUGGAAAAACAUCCACUAUUUUGGCAGCAGCUAGAGAACUCUUUGGGCCUGAACUUUUUCGAUUGAGAGUUCUUGAGUUAAAUGCAUCUGAUGAACGUGGAAUACAAGUAGUUAGAGAGAAAGUGAAGAAUUUUGCCCAAUUAACUGUGUCAGGAAGUCGUUCAGACGGGAAGCCAUGUCCUCCUUUUAAGAUUGUUAUUCUGGAUGAAGCAGAUUCUAUGACCUCUGCUGCUCAGGCAGCUUUAAGACGUACCAUGGAGAAAGAGUCUAAAACCACCCGAUUCUGUCUCAUCUGUAACUAUGUCAGUCGAAUAAUUGAACCGCUGACCUCUAGAUGUUCUAAAUUCCGCUUCAAACCUCUGUCAGAUAAAAUUCAACAGCAGCGACUACUAGACAUCGCUGAUAAAGAACAUGUCAAAAUUAGCAAUGAGGGAAUAGCUUACCUUGUUAAAGUGUCAGAAGGAGACUUAAGAAAAGCUAUUACAUUUCUUCAGAGUGCUACUCGAUUAACAGGUGGAAAGGAAGUCACAGAAAAGGUGAUCACAGAUAUUGCUGGGGUAAUACCAGCAAAGACAAUUGAUGGAGUAUUUGCUGCAUGUCAGAGUGGCUCUUUUGACAAACUAGAAGCUGUAGUAAAGGACUUGAUAGAUGAGGGUCAUGCAGCAACUCAGCUUGUAAAUCAACUUCAUGAUGUGGUUGUAGAAAAUGAUCACCUUUCUGAUAAGCAGAAGUCUAUUAUUACGGAGAAGCUUGCUGAAGUAGACAAAUGUUUAGCAGACGGUGCUGAUGAGUAUCUGCAACUGAUCAGUCUUUCUGCUACCGUGAUGCAGCAAUUAACUCAGAAUUGUUAAACCAUGUGUUUUGUAAAAUGAUUUUUAAUAAAAUGACCAAAGCACCUUUAAA